UGCAUGUUAGAUGUAGAGCACUCUUGGAUCUCCGACAUCAAGCGAACCGGAUCACUAUGGUUCUGAAGAACGAGUCUCAUAGGAAUGCUUUGGACAGAAUAAUUGAUCAGACGUUUCCAAAUCUUAAUCUCUACCUCUCUAAAUCCGUUCAUGGUAGAGCUUUUGGUCAUUUCUUCAUCACCAAAGCUCACGGGAAGAUCAGAGGAUGAAAGUUCUGACUAGUUUCCCUCUUUUACUUGGCUGUUGGACUCUUUUACACCUGGACUUGAUCUCGCAGGCGCUCUCGCUCACCGGAGUGGCGGCGACGCAACGCACCGGUCACCGACGCACCGGGGCGGACAAACCCAAUCCAAGCGUUUUACGGUUAACGGUGGCGCGCAACGGCACGGCGCUCGGAAAGCCCGUUGACAACGCGAAGAUAUCUCGCAUCAGGGCCGAGUCACCUCUGAUGAAAGUUACAUCGGACACAAAUGCACAAAGAGCCCGCGCCACUGUACCUGUUGACUUAGGGCGCAGGGAGGCCGUGCGCUCUUGGGUACCCAAGGAUGCGACGCGCGCUGCAUCCGGCGCGCAAUCCUCUUCUAUCAUCCCACACCAAGCAGGACACAAUAAAGGAAAUGGAGUUUCUAAUCCCAAACCUGCCGAGAUAAGGGCAGGUGUGUCCAAAACCGGGGUGCUGAAAGGCAUUGCGCCGCCACCACCAGCCCCGCUCAAAGCGAAAGGGACAAUAAAACUGGAAGAGCUUGUGGAACCAAAGCAUCCACAGGUUACGGCGCAUGACUACAUGCUGUCCCUGUACUGGACACUGACCAGUGGAGAGGUCAAUACUAGUCUCCUGCACGAGGCUGGUGUGGCCAAUACCGUCACCAGUUUUGUUGACAGAGGACAAGAUGACCGUGUGACCCAGCUAAGACGUCAGAGAUACCUCUUCAACAUCAGCUCUAUGGAAAAGGAGGGUCUGUUGAACGCAGAGCUACGCAUCCUCAGAAAGAAACACAUGGACUCCCAUAAAGCCACGUUUAGUUCACCUCAGAGUUCGGUUACUUUGAAAUUAUACACCUGUGCGACAAGUAAGCAGAAGUCCACUUUGAUCGAUUCUCAGCAAAUCAAUCCACAAAGCGCACCUUUCUGGGAUGUGUUUGACAUUUGGAAAGUGUUCAAGAACUUUAGAAACACCCCUCAACUUUGCUUUGAGCUCGAGGCGGAAUAUAAAGGCCGGCUGCUCGACUUGACGUUACUCGGCCUGGGUCGCAUGAGCAGACUUACGAAGGAGAAGGCCUUUUUCGUGACGUUUGGACGUACAAAAAAGCGAGAGCUCUUUUACAAUGAGAUCAAAGCCCGUUCGGGUCACGACAACAAGACGGUCUACGAGUACCUGUUCACCCAGCGGCGGAUGCGUCGAGCGCCGCUGCCGCGCGUGAACAAAAAACCACCCAAGAACCCCAAACAGCGCUGUAACCGGAAGCAACUACACGUCAACUUCAAGGACAUGGGCUGGGACGACUGGAUCAUCGCUCCCCUGGAGUACGAGGCCUUCCACUGUGACGGCCUUUGUGAUUUUCCCAUCCGUUCUCAUUUGGAGCCCACCAAUCACGCCAUCAUACAGACCCUCAUGAACUCCAUGGAUCCUCGGUCUACACCUCCGACCUGCUGCGUCCCGACCAGACUGAGUCCCAUCAGCAUUCUGUACAUCGACUCGGCCAAUAACGUAGUGUAUAAGCAGUACGAGGACAUGGUCGUGGAGAGCUGUGGCUGCAGGUAGCAGGUUUGCGGACAUUUACAUUCCUCAUGGGCAUUUCAAGCUCUUGGGACUUCAGAAACAAAGAUUCACAGAAGGCAUUGAAGUAGCUUCAUUUGCCUGUUGAUCGGUUUCGUUUUGAAAUAUACCCUAUGAGCUUUCAUACAGCAUUCGAGUCUGGAUUCUUAUAGAAAAGAAACAAACACUGUUGCAUUUUUAUUUUCUUGUUUACACAAACCUGUGUCGAUGCACCAAUGCAUCGUUCCCUUAAUACAUUCAGAUUCAGUAAGAGGAUUCUUCUACUAAUGGCAAACGUUCAUUUCGGCUUGUAGCUGUUUUAUAUUUGUGGACAUUUGUUCAAUAUGUGCUGCACAGCUCAGGAUAUUCACUCAUGAAAAGUUCAGCACUACACGUUCUGCUGCUGCCCACAGCCGAUCCCCAUCGUCAUGACAUCAUCAUCGUCUUCCUGGGAAUACGAAGUAGUUAGUCAUAUGAAAUUUAUGGCUCAGGUGAUUGACUGGCCAUUGCCCACGACCCAAGAAAUGCCAUACAAGAGGUUUCUACUGGUGAAAAUACACCACUACACAACAUUAGAGACGUUCGAAGUUUAAUGACUUUGCAGUGUUUUACAAAUAUUGGCUGCUUAACAGAAGCAUAUAUUUUAAAAAGUUUUCUAUUAGAUAUGUCGUUAUUGUCUUUAUUGAAAUAAACUGUCAUGAAGUUCAAUGUUAAUAUUUCUGUUAAUAUGUUGUUCAAGGUUCAAGUAAAUCUGACGUGGUCUGUGAAAUCCAGGGUCUUAUAAUCUAAUGAUGAAAUUAUCCAGACAGCAGACGACUUCUGGGAUGCUAACUUUGGCCCGGAGUCGACUGCUGUCUGGGUAGGAGCAUCAAAGUCGAUUUCACUCAUUGAUUUCAAUCUUUGACAUGACCUUACUCAGUCAAUAUUAAACAUAUCAAGAUUAUAUUUUCACAGAAUGUCUUUUACCUGAUUUUAUGUAGAAAACUGGGCAGGGUCACAAAUGUUAAUAUUCCUUUUAAAAAAAAAGAAAAAAUGUUGCUAUUGGUUGCUUUUUCGAUGCUUUACCUAUAGGGAUUAUGGGUAGUGGGCAUCUGUAUUUUUUGUUAUUGUAAUGUAAACCCUUUUGAAACGUUUAAAAUGAAUUCAGAAGGAUGUAAAGAUCAACAAUUGCAUUUGAACAUGACAUUUAAAAGAGUGAAUUUAAUUCAGCAACCAUAUCACGGAUAUUUUGAUGAUGUCUGCCA